CCAAGCUCUUCAUUCUGCUGAACGACACAGUCGAGCAUCCUCAUACAGUAUAAGCCAAUGAGCUGAAUGGAUAAAACAGCCUGUGUGAACUCGGUGCACUGCAGUUUGCGCUCAGCGGAUAGAGAGCAAAGUCAUCAUGCCGUCUCAUAUAGAGAGAUGCGCGCUUUUCACGUUAGACACUACUGACGCGUUAUCGUAACGCGACGCUGUGGACUUUUCUAAGAGAUCAGCUGAACUGUGAUUUGGAGUGUUUUUACUCUUUUGUGAUAUAUGGGUUCGUUUUGUUUGACAUGUUCCAAGUGAGAAUAUGUCUUUGUGAUUUUUGCCUUUUGUUUCAUAUAAGUAUGUUGGUGCCAUAAAAGUGCACUUGAAGGACAAUGGCUCUUGGUGUCGUAGGAACCGUGAUACUCAUGCUCUCCAACAUCUGCGGCUCUACGGGGUCACGGCCACGUUUGGAAGACUUUCCACCCCGCAUAGUGGAGGACCCCGCUGAUCUGAUCGUGUCAAAGGGCGAGCCGGCGACCCUGAACUGCAAGGCAGAGGGUCGGCCCAUGCCCACGAUGGAGUGGUACAAAGACGGCGAGCACGUGGAGACCGAUCGAGACGAUCCACGCUCCCACCGCAUGCUGUUGCCCAGCGGCUCCAUUUUUUUCUUGCGCAUCGUUCACGGACGCCGCAGCAAACCAGACGAGGGUGUUUACACUUGUGUUGCCCGCAAUUACCUCGGACAGGCUGUUAGCCGAAACGCAUCGCUGGAAGUAGCCAUUCUCCGAGAUGAUUUCCGGCAGCCUCCCAAUGAUGUGGUGGUGGCAGCCGGGGAGCUCGCCGUGAUGGAGUGCGUCCCUCCACGGGGUCACCCCGAGCCCACUGUCUCAUGGAAGAGGAAUAACGUUCGUGUCAAUGACAAGGACGGCAGGAUCUCUAUACGUGGUGGUAAACUGGUGAUAUCACACACCCGAAAGAGUGACGCAGGCAUGUAUGUGUGCGUGGGCACCAAUAUGGUGGGCGAGAAAGACAGUGAUCCAGCUGAACUGGUGGUGUAUGAGAAACCAGUCUUCAUCCGUCGGCCAGUGAAUCAGAUUGUAUUGGCUGAGGAGACAGUUGACUUCAUUUGUGAGGUGCAUGGAGAUCCGGCUCCAACUGUGCGCUGGAAUAGAGACGAGGGAGAACUUCCACGGGGGAGAUUUGAGAUCCGCAGUGACAACAGCCUCCGUCUGAUACGGGUGAGAGCGGAGGAUGAGGGUACUUACACGUGUGUCACAGAAAACAGCGUGGGCAAAACGGAAGCCUCCGCCGUGCUACAGGUCCACGUUCCCCCACAGAUUGAUGUACGUCCACAGGAUCAAAUCGCUGCCCAAGGACGAACUGUCACUUUUCAGUGUGGUACCCAGGGAAACCCCCCUCCAGCGGUUUUCUGGCAGAAAGAAGGCAGUCAGAUGCUGCUUUUCCCCGGCCAACCUCCAUCCCAGUUGGGCCGUUAUUCCGUGUCGAUGAGCGGAGAUCUGUCCAUUUCUGUUAUUCACUCUGAGGACUCGGGGUACUAUAUCUGCCAGGCGAUCAGUGUGGCGGGAAGUGUCGUUGCCAAAGCUCUGCUGGAAGUGAAAACCGGCCCAUCAGAUCUCAUUCCUCCAAUUAUCCGUCAGGGCCCGGCCAAUCAGACUCUCGCCUCAGGCUCCAGCGCCCUACUCCAGUGCCAUGUGAUGGGCAGCCCAUUCCCCAGCGUCAGGUGGGAGAAAGACGGGCAAAGCGUUCUGGCUGAUGACAUUCACAUAAGCCUAAUGGAAAACGGCACUUUGCACAUCAACAGCGUGAAGGAGACAGACUCAGGGACGUACACCUGUGUCGCAUCCAGUUCCACGGGUGAGACGAGGUGGAGUUGGACUUUAGCAGUGAAAGUGAAUGGAGCGUCCUCUUCGCCGGGGGUUUCGCGGACCCUGCAGCUGCCCGGUCCUCCUCAGAAACCCGUGGUGACAGAAGUGACCUCGCACAGUGUCACUCUUACCUGGCAGCCCAACCCACAUGAGGGCGGAGCAGCUGUCACUUCUUACGUCAUCGAGGCUUUCAGUCAGUCAGUGGGCAGCACAUGGCAGACGGCGGCGGACCUUGUGAGGCAGGAGAAGCACACGGUGACUGGACUCUACCCUAAUACUGUGUACCUGUUCAUCAUCCGGGCGAUGAACUCCUACGGCCUGAGUGACCCCAGUCCCAUCUCAGAGCCGGUCCGAACGCAGGAUGGUCCAGAGGGUCAGGGAACAGACCAGGGGCCUUUACAGAUGGAUUUAGGAGGAGUCAAAGUUCACCUGCAGACACCAGAAGUUUUGAGCACUAAUAGCGUUCAGGUCACAUGGACUCUUGACUGGCAACCUCGGUACAUUCAAGGCUUCAGGCUGUAUUACAGGCCUGUGGGGAGCGCUUGGAUGGUCCAGGACAUUAAAGCAGGAUCCCUGCGCACUGCUGUUUUAACAGAGCUACACGGAGGAACAGAAUAUGAACUCAAAUUGAGACCGUAUUACAAUGACUUUCAGGGGCUGGACAGUGAAAUCACAGUGGUUCGCAUUCCAGAUAAAGCACUGAGCGGCCCUCCUCAGGAAGUCAGCGUGGAGCAGCUAAGUAACAGUUCAAGUGUGCGUGUGUCAUGGCAGCCUCCAGUCUCUCAUGCACCAGAUGAGCUCAUACUAGAAUACAGGGUGUGGUGUAUAGGGAAUGAGUCUCAGCAGAUGGUGAACCGAAGUGUGAAUGGGGAUGUGCCGUGGGUGCUGUUACAUGGACUAUUGCCAGAGUCGAUGUAUCGCGUGCAGGUCGCGGCGGUGACAAUAUCAGGAGUGGGCAUUUACAGCCAGCCUGUGUUCAUCUAUCUGAAGGUACCAAUAGAUCAGUCCUUGUCAGUGAUGAAGGAUGACAGCGUGAGUCUGUCAGAGCAGAUCACAGGGGUGGUCCGUCAGCCAGCCUUCAUCGCUGGAAUUGGUGUGUCCUCCUGGAUGGUUUUAAUGGGAUUCAGUGCCUGGAUCUAUUGCAGACACAGGAGAAGGAAAGAACUUGGACACUACACAACUUCCUUCGCUUACACUCCCGCAGGUGCUCUUUCUCGUGGUGAAGGGUCUGAUCUUAUCAACGGAAGGCCGUGUUUACUUGAGUCACACUUGGGUAACUACCCCUGGCUAGCUGACUCCUGGCCAACCAGCAAUUUCUCUCGUAAUGGAAAAGACACGGUCAACUGCUGUGCAGGCAAACUUGACUCUACGGAUAAAUACUACAACACUUCAGGAUUGUCAAAUUAUCAGAACCAGAAUGGCAAGUACAGCCCCGCCUCUAAUGAUGGAGGCAUAUACUGUACCAUCAACCCAUCCGAUGCUGAUGGGCACGACCUAUGCAGUCUGUACUCUCAAGGUCCAGACCCGUACACCAGAACGCCAGUCCUCUCUAAGACAGACCUUUACAGCCUGGAGCAGGACCAGUGGAGCCUUCAGUCGGGUCACAGCGAAGCAGAAUAUGCUAAACUUCAGUACCCGCGAGGGGAAAACGCCAAACGGAUGAAGCAGAAGUCUCUCGGGCAAGCCUCCUCACCCACCUGGUCUGAUGUGCUGUCUGUAACUCCACCGGCAAACAGGAAGUGUAAAAGUGCGGAUAGACAAAACAGCCCCGAAGCUGAUGAAGAGUGGAGUCCUCCUCUGCCUGAGCGCAUGUAUCUGAUCGAGGGUUUGGAGGAUGCAGCCACACUUCCCUUAAAGGAAGAAACCAACAGGGUCACAACCUACAGUCUGCAGUCCACGGCAACUCUCACACCCUCCCCCAGCGAGGAGCAGCGCUCGGCUGACCUGCGACUGCAGCAUCCAGACCUGCUGCCGCGGAAGACGCAAUGCGCACACAAUGCACAGUUCACCCUCUCCAACCCAAAGCAGUUAACCAAGACAGAUUCUCAUAAUGGCAGUGUUUCCCAUCACAUCAACCCUUGGAGAGACAUUGCUGGUGUAGAAGAACUAUUCUCCAACAAGACAGGAGAAUUGACAUUAUUCCCAUCGUCAAUUCAGAAACCCAGCCCGAAAAAGAAGUCAUCUAAAGACGGGCCUGGGAGACGAGAAGUGUUGAAUGCAGGAAACCUGCCUCCUCCCCCAGAACCCCCUCCUCUGACACAAGGCCCCAUGAUGCACUUGACAGACAUGUUGAACAAUGGUGGAAACAGAACAACCCCACAGCACAGAGAGAGAAGAUCAGAGCGCAAUACAGCAGCAGAGUGGAUCACCGAAGAUGAAGAUUUACUCCAGUAUUUCAAAGCAAACCUGCUACCCAGAGGUCAGAUGUCCAAUCACUGUUCCCUCUCCAGAAGCUCCGCCUCUCAAUCCUCCACAACCUCUCGUUCCUUGGGGGCAGGAAGGAGGAGAACUGAGAACAUGAUAUGAGGAGAGGAACUUGAUCAUCGUUAUUCUAUGUGCAGUGUUUAUGCCCCAUGAUCCUUCUGCUUUCUUUUUUAUAUCAAAUGUUUUAUAAAAUUACCCUUUGUUGUCUUACCUUUGUAUGUCUAUGUACAGUAUAUAUUCCUUUUUACAAUGUUUAUGUGUGAGAUAAAGUUUUAUUAUUUAUGUUUUAUUAUUUAUUAUUAGUUUGAAGAAAAUAAAAUGUUAAAAAACAUUGUCAAGACUUUUUAGAUGAACAUGAUAUUUGAAUGUAUCUGGUGCGUACAUUACAUGUAUGCUUCAAUGUCUACAUGUAUUACAAAUCUGUUUAUUUAUGUGAAAAAUAUAGCAGAUAUUAUCACCCAUGGUCUAUGUGAUCAACCCAUCAAAUGAUACAGUACUAGCCCUAUAGAAUGCCAGAUGUUUCUUGUUGGUGAAUCUUCACUGAGACUGUCUCCAGACUUUAACGCAAGCUCACUGACGGCUCUUCAUGUCAAGCUGUUCUUCACAAAUGCAUCAGUCAUAUGCAGUUUUAUGCAGCUGUGGAUAUACCAAACACAAUAAAAA